AUGGAUGCCACGCCGCUGGUUCCGUCGCCGGAGCACACUGCCCCUGACCCUGCCCCUGCCGACUCUGCGGACGCGAGCAAGCCUGACGCCGGCAAUCCCGUCGAGGACCCAAAGUCUGACGACCGCGGGAAGAAGCGAGGCGAAAAGGGACGAGCAGAAUGGAGCCGCCAGCAAAAGAACGACAGGAAGCGCCAAAAGAACGACGACUGGCGCGAGCUCAAGCGCCGCAAGACGGGCGACAAGGCCGGCGAAUCCGACCGCAAGAACCCCUUCUCCAAGGAGGAAAUCGCCGCCGAGGAGCGCCGCCCGAAGCGCAAGGUCGCCGUCAUGAUCGGCUACUCUGGCACCGGGUACAAGGGCAUGCAGGUCAACGGGGACGAGCCGACCAUCGAGCGGGACCUGUUCAAGGCCUUUGUCGACGCCAAGGCCAUCUCGAAGGCCAACGCCGACGACCCGCGCAAGUCGAGCCUCGCGCGGUGCGCCCGGACCGACAAGGGCGUCCACGCGGCCGGCAACGUCAUCAGCCUCAAGCUCAUCAUUGAGGAUGGAGACGUGGUCGAGAGGAUCAACGCCAUGCUGCCGGACCAGAUUCGGGUGUGGGGGAUCCAGCGGACCAACAACAGCUUCAACUGCUACCAGUACUGCGACUCGCGCUUCUACGAGUACCUGCUGCCCAGCUACUGCCUGCUGCCGCCGCAUCCGCAGACGUAUCUGGCCAAGAAGCUCGCCGAGCUGAACAAGGAGUACGGAGCCGAGGAGGAGGUGGCUGCGAGGAUGGCCGACGUCGCGGGCUUUUGGGCCGACGUCGAGGGCAACGUCAUCAAGCCCGUCAUCGAGGGGCUCAGCCCCGAGCUGAGGGCCGCCGUCAUGGAAAGGGUGCAUGCCCAGGAAGCGGAGGAGUAUGAAAUCGCAAGGGCUGCCGCCGCUGCCGCCGCUGCCGCCGACGUCGACGAGGACAAGGACAAGGACAAGGACAAGGGCAAGGAGGCCAGCGCCCCUGCGGCGGCCGAACAGCAGGCGGAAUCGUCGCCCGACGCCAAGCCGGAGAGCAAACCGACUCUCGAGUCGCACAAGCCCAAGAACCGCGACCUCGGCCCCAUGGACUACGCCCUCCGCGAAAUAAAAGCCCACUACAUCGAUGCCAAGCGUCGCUACCGCGUCAGCCCCCAGCGCCUGGAGCAGCUCCAAGCCGUCCUGGACAAGUUCACCGGCACCAACAACUUCCACAACUACACGGUCCAAAAGACCUUUGGCGACCCCUCGUCCCGCCGGCACAUCAAGUCCUUUGCCGUGAACCCCAACCCCGUCAUAAUCGGCAGCACGGAAUGGCUCUCUCUCAAGGUCCACGGCCAGUCGUUCAUGAUGCACCAGAUCCGCAAGAUGGUUGGCUUGGCCUCCCUGAUGGUUCGGUGCGGCACCACCCUCGACCGAGUGGCCGACAGCUACCGCGCGCAGAAGAUGGCCAUUCCCAAGGCCCCCGGGUUGGGGUUGCUUCUUGAGAGGCCUGUCUUUGAGAAUUACAACCGCCGGGCCAAGGACACGCUGGGGAAGCCGGAGAUUGAUUUUGGCAAGUACGAGGAUAAGUUGCUGGCCUUUAAGAACAAGCACAUCUACAGCCGGAUCUUUGAGGUGGAAGAAAAGGAGAAUACAUUCCACGGAUUUUACAACCAGAUUGAUCAGUUCAAGUCGAAUCAUUUCCUGUGGUUGACGGCCGGAGGCCUCAAGGUUGCGGAGCUGAACAAGGAUGCCGAUGCGGCCACCACGCAGCAGGACGUGGAUAAGGCGCUCGGUGACGAGGAUGAGGAGGAUCCCGAGGGUGGCGAGGGCUAA